AUGUCCCAUACCGAGGACUGCUCCACGGUUCUGGAGCAGUUUGUCCAUGAUGUGGCAAACCUUCCUGCUGAAAUCAACCAUUUGAUGGAAGAAAUACAAGCCAAAGACAAGAUAAUACAGGAGUGCCGUGCUAUAAUAAACUCCCGCGAUGCUAGUCUCCAAAAAUUCAUCAAGCUCAAUGGCAGCCAUUCGCUCAACCCCAAGGAGGAAUCGUACAGCAGCACCAUACUUCAGAAUAUGGACCGUUGCCAGACAUUGCAGGACGAAAAGAUUGCGCUAAGCGAAAAGGCAGCAGUUAUUCUUGACAGACACGUCAAAAAGCUGGACAUCAAAAUCCGCGACUUACAGAACGAUGGCGUUCUUCCUAAUGACCCGCCUAUUCCAUCUCUUUUCGGCACCAAAGGCCAACUUCGCGAUCCUACCAAAUCAAUACUGUUUAACGAACCUGGUCAGGCCGACGCAUAUCCUUCUCCUCUCAACCCGACAUCCGGAAACGCGGCCUUGCCCGCUAACCUGCUUCAACGACUAAACAGUGCUGCGGCGGCUGCCGCUGGGAUAUCUGCUACGGGUGGAACAGGUGGAAGGAGUUCCGCCCCGGCCACCCCUGCAGCCGCCUUACAUUUUCAACAACGCCAUCGUGAAUCUUCUGCUGGUGCGACUGAGAAUAAACGGCGAAGGCUCAAUGCCUCUAUAGGGAAUUUGCCGGCGGCCCCUUCUGGACUUCGUCAAUCAUCCUUGGGCCCUGGCACGCCAAAAGGUGGGACCCCUGGUGCCACCCGUGCCGGAAGCGCCGGACCUAGGGCGACGGCUGUAACAAAGAAAGCAACUAUUAAAAAGGUCGCCCCUCAUCAACAAGUGCGAAAGAUCAAAGCCGGUGCCGCGGCUACAAAAGCUACCAAGCGCUCAUCUAGUGGAAACGGUCGUUUAAAAGCUGUGUCUGCUAAUGCUGGUUCGCGAAAGAGGUCUCCGGCCUCGGCGACAAGCGUCGUCGAAGAAGAGGAUGAAUCUAUGCUUAGCAGCGCCGAUCUUUCAGACUCUGAGAAUAAUGUUUCCCGCCGCCAGGCUGGUAGGGACUCUGACGAAGAGAUGGAGGAUGAAGAAGAUGAGACAGGAGAGGAUACCAAGGUUUAUUGUACUUGCCGGAGUGUAAGCCAUGGGGACAUGGUUGCCUGUGACAAUGACAAUUGUCCGUAUGAAUGGUUCCAUUGGAAGUGUGUAGGGCUCACAAGGGAGCCACUUGGAACAUGGUACUGCGAGGAAUGUCGGAAGAAUUUGGGCAAGUGA